GUCUAUUCCAUUUAUGAUGGUGUACACUGCUGUCCUGACUCGCUCAUCGAUUCUGGAGAUCAAAACAGCUGAUUUUUCGGCGCCCGCACAAGAAAUGCAUAGCCAUUAGUCAAGUCCGACAUUCAAAACCAAUUUGAGGGCGUUUUGGGCGCCAAAAUGAUAGUCUAGUCCAGCCGGACAGGGCUGGACCCCCGUGAAAUUCGCGCCAAAAAGUUUUAAAAUGAACAAGUUCCUCGGGCCUUCCCCAUCUUGUUUACUUGAUUUGUUGGGACCUGAGACCCCAUACCAUAAAUGCCGGGCAUACAGCCUCUUCAAAACGUUUCCUUCUUCAUCUCUCUAUACACUGAUUGUUUGCUACUAUGUCGGUGGACAUUCAUGAUACAUUUGGCGCAGGGUUCAUCGGGGGUAUGGUGACUGCCAUCUUGUAUGGCAUCACGACUCUGCAAACAUACUUGUAUUAUGUGUAUUAUCCCACUGACCCUAACAACCUGAAAGUAUUGGUUGCAUUCAUCUGGGUCAUCGACACUUUACACAUCUCCUUUAUGUGUCAUGCUCUGUAUUACUACCUUGUAACGAGUUUUGGUAACCCGGAUAACCUUGGAACUGGAGUUUGGUCACUUUUCGCCUCGCUUGGUCUAAAUCUUUGCAUGGCUGUGCUCGUACAAACAUAUUUUACUUUUCAAAUAUCCUGCCUAACCCGCUCCAAUAUCCGAUGGUGGUUGACAUCCUUCAUUAUGUUGUUCGUUGUCGCACACUUUGCCUUUGGACUGGAGACAGUCAUCCUCAUGUUCAUCAAGCAGAAGUUCAGUGCGCUUUCGGAGAUCACUCUCUAUGCCGCUACGCCUUUCGCUAUCGCGGCUGUUUUGUCUGAUCUCUUCAUUGCUGCUUCAUUGUGCAUUCUUCUGCACGGCAAUCGCAGUCCUGUUGUCCAGACCAACGCACUCGUUAAUACGUUGAUCGUAUACGCCAUCAAUCGUUGUCUACUGACUUCAGUCGUUGCCGUGGCUGAAGUUAUUGCAGUAAGUUUAGGCGAACGAGGCAGAUCAAUACCUUUUGAAAUUGAUAUUCCUUUUUUUGUGCAGUUUUCUGUCAGCCCAGAUAGUCUGUGGUUCAUCGCAAUAGAUUUCGUCAUCGGAAAGCUAUAUGCCAAUUCCCUUCUUGCAUCCUUAAAUAGCCGAAGCGCCUUGCGAGCGCGCAGCCACACUCACAACGACAGCACUAGUUUCCGUGUCAACACCAUCAAUCUAACCGGCCUACAGUCCUCAAGCGACAACGAAGGCACGCAGAGUAAAACAACCACCAGCACUGUCUCCGCUCGUGUCCGUGUAAAAUCAAUUCCAGGUGGAGAUAUCGACGAGCUUGAUGUGAGUUCGUGCUUCUUCGGUUUAUCUCAUCAAUUAACGACGGAAAUGAAGACGGGUACCUUGCGCGAAGUCUGAUCUGAUGUUUGUGUUUUGCUGUGUGUCGGCUGUUCAUGAUUGUAAUAUUAUAUAUAUCCUUCCCUGCCGACCUAACCCCAUGGGCUAGCCUAGAGCGUUUCGUACUUUUGCCAUCAUUAUUAUUCACUCAUUUUCAUCAUGUUCACAUCAAUCUGACUACUCUCUACUAUCAUGUUCAUCACAAAUUGUAUCUUACUGCAUGAGGUGUUUUGCCAGAUCGGUGUCGUACAGCUUCAUGAAUCCUACCCACUAAUCAUCAGUGUACCUUGGGAGCGAUAACCUCUGGCACCGAGGCAGCGAACCAGAGAAUACAAAUUGAAGUCAAAGUUGGGCGUACAUAUUGUGUAGGUAUGCAGUCUCGAACUCUGAAAUAUU